GCUCCAGAGUGUAGAGCUAAAAAGGGAAGGGAGCAGUCGGUAGCCAUCAUACUUAGGACCUAAACACAAGUAACUUGGUUAUAAAGGCAGAGGUCCCUGGGAUAUCGCCUUCGGAGACUUCCCGGUCACCGUUGGCGGACUGAGCAGAGUCGUGGUGGCGUUUUAAAGGCUGUUCCUGCUCACAAAGCGGCGUGCCGAGGAAGGACGCGUCUCUCUGAAUACACAGGAUGCACGGACCGCCCUCCGGCGACAGCGCAUGCCCAUUGCGCACGAUCAAGAGAGUUCAGUUCGGCAUCAUCAGCCCAGAUGAACUUAAACGGAUGUCCGUUACAGAAGGGGGAAUCAAGUACCCCGAAACAACAGAAGGUGGGCGCCCUAAACUGGGCGGCCUUAUGGAUCCAAGACAAGGGGUCAUAGAACGAACUGGAAGAUGUCAGACAUGUGCAGGCAACAUGACGGAAUGCCCUGGCCACUUCGGGCACAUAGAACUGGCAAAGCCAGUUUUCCAUGUUGGCUUCGUAACAAAGAUAAUGAAGGUUCUUCGAUGUGUCUGCUUCUUUUGCUCCAAGCUAUUAGUGGAUUCAAACAAUCCCAAGAUCAAAGACAUCUUGAUAAAAUCUAAAGGGCAGCCCAGGAAACGUUUGACACAUGUGUACGAGCUGUGCAAAGGAAAAAAUAUCUGUGAAGGAGGAGAGGAGAUGGACAACAAAUUUGGAAUGGAACAGCAGGAGACUGAAGAGGACAUUACCAAGGAGAAGGGCCACGGUGGCUGCGGGCGCUACCAGCCACGUAUCAGGCGCUCUGGCUUGGAGCUCUAUGCUGAGUGGAAGCACGUUAACGAGGAUUCGCAAGAGAAGAAAAUCCUGCUGAGCCCUGAGCGCGUGCACGAGAUCUUCAAGCGCAUCUCGGACGAGGAGGACGUCAUCUUGGGCAUGGACCCCAAGUUUGCACGACCAGAAUGGAUGAUUGUAACUGUGUUGCCUGUGCCUCCACUGGCUGUCAGGCCUGCUGUAGUUAUGCAGGGCUCUGCUCGCAACCAGGAUGACUUGACCCACAAGCUGGCUGACAUAGUCAAAAUCAACAACCAGCUGAGAAGAAACGAGCAGAGUGGUGCUGCAGCUCACGUCAUAGCUGAAGAUGUCAAACUGCUCCAGUUCCAUGUAGCCACCAUGGUGGACAACGAAUUGCCAGGCCUGCCAAGGGCAAUGCAAAAGUCCGGUCGCCCUCUCAAAUCCCUAAAACAGCGUCUAAAGGGGAAGGAGGGGCGUGUCCGAGGUAACCUCAUGGGCAAGCGUGUGGACUUCUCUGCGCGAACUGUCAUCACCCCGGACCCCAACCUGCAAAUCGACCAAGUGGGCGUACCACGAUCCAUCGCAGCCAACAUGACCUUCCCAGAAAUAGUCACACCCUUUAAUAUUGACAGAUUACAAGAGCUGGUGCGAAGAGGCAACAGCCAGUACCCAGGAGCCAAAUACAUCAUUCGGGACAAUGGCGACAGAAUUGACCUGCGAUUCCACCCGAAACCAAGUGACCUUCACCUGCAGAUUGGCUACAAGGUGGAAAGACACAUGUGUGACGGUGACAUCAUCAUCUUUAACAGACAACCUACACUACAUAAAAUGUCCAUGAUGGGGCACAGGGUGCGGAUUCUGCCGUGGUCCACAUUUCGACUCAACCUCAGUGUCACCACCCCAUACAACGCUGACUUUGACGGGGAUGAGAUGAACCUACACUUGCCUCAGUCCCUCGAGACGAGGGCAGAGAUCCAGGAGCUGGCCAUGGUGCCGCGUAUGAUCGUCACACCCCAGUCCAACAGGCCCGUCAUGGGUAUCGUGCAGGACACCCUCACCGCUGUCCGCAAGUUCACCAAAAGAGACGUAUUCUUAGAGAGGGGUGAAGUGAUGAACCUCCUCAUGUUCCUCUCCACUUGGGAUGGCAAAGUGCCUCAGCCGGCCAUCAUCAAGCCCCGUCCCAUGUGGACAGGCAAGCAGAUCUUCACUCUAAUCAUUCCCGGACACAUCAAUGUGAUCCGCACACACAGCACCCAUCCCGACGAGGAAGACAGCGGCCCGUACAAGCACAUCUCACCUGGGGACACCAAGGUCGUAGUGGAGAACGGCGAGUUGAUCAUGGGAAUCCUGUGCAAGAAAUCUCUGGGUACCUCAGCCGGCUCCCUCGUCCACAUCUCCUACCUGGAGAUGGGCCACGACAUCACCAGACUCUUCUACUCCAACAUUCAGACUGUGGUCAACAACUGGCUGCUCAUCGAGGGUCACUCCAUUGGUAUUGGUGACUCCAUUGCUGAUGCCAAGACCUACCUUGACAUCCAGAACACCAUCAAGAAAGCCAAACAGGAUGUGAUAGAAGUAAUCGAGAAAGCCCACAACAACGAGCUGGAGCCGACCCCUGGUAACACUCUGAGGCAGACCUUUGAGAACCAGGUGAAUCGUAUCCUCAACGACGCCCGUGACAAAACAGGAUCCUCAGCCCAGAAGUCUCUGUCUGAGUACAACAACUUCAAGUCCAUGGUGGUGGCGGGUUCUAAGGGAUCAAAGAUUAACAUCUCACAGGUUAUUGCAGUGGUGGGCCAGCAGAACGUGGAGGGUAAACGAAUCCCCUUUGGCUUCAAACACCGCACGCUGCCUCACUUUAUUAAGGAUGAUUACGGUCCUGAGAGCAGAGGCUUCGUUGAGAACUCCUACCUGGCUGGCCUUACGCCUACAGAGUUCUUCUUCCACGCCAUGGGAGGCAGAGAGGGUCUUAUCGACACAGCUGUCAAGACUGCUGAGACUGGUUACAUCCAGCGUCGUCUGAUCAAGUCCAUGGAGUCGGUGAUGGUGAAGUACGAUGGCACGGUGCGUAACUCCAUCAACCAGGUGGUUCAGUUGCGUUACGGCGAGGACGGCCUGGCAGGAGAGAACGUGGAGUUCCAAAACGUGGCGACACUUAAACCCUCGCACAAGGCCUUUGAAAAGAAGUUUAAGUUUGAUUGCACCAACGAGCGAGCUCUGAGGCGGAUCCUGCAGGAAGACGUGGUAAAAGACGUCCUGACCAACGCCCAUGUGCAGGGCACCCUGGAGAGGGAAUAUGACAAGAUGAAGGAGGACAGAGAGGUCCUCCGAGCCAUUUUCCCCACCGGGGACAGUAAGGUGGUGCUGCCAUGCAACCUGGCCAGAAUGAUAUGGAACGCUCAGAAGAUCUUCCGCAUCAACAUUCGAACCACAACAGACCUCAAUCCACUAAGGGUGGUCGAGGGUGUUCAAGAUCUGAGUAAGAAGCUGGUGAUUGUGAAUGGUGAGGACCCCCUCAGUAAACAGGCCCAGCAGAACGCCACCCUGCUCUUCAACAUCCACCUGCGUUCCACGCUCUGCUCCAAACGCAUGACCGAGGAGUUCCGCCUUACCACCGAGGCUUUCGACUGGCUGCUGGGAGAGAUUGAGACCAAGUUCAACCAGUCCAUUGCUCACCCGGGUGAAAUGGUCGGCGCUCUGGCCGCUCAGUCGCUGGGAGAGCCGGCCACCCAGAUGACCCUGAACACUUUCCACUACGCCGGUGUGUCAGCCAAGAACGUAACACUCGGUGUGCCCCGUCUAAAGGAGUUGAUCAACAUCUCCAAGAGGCCCAAAACCCCCUCGCUGACUGUUUUCCUGCUGGGUCAGGCGGCCCGCGAUGCUGAGAGGGCCAAGGACAUCCUCUGUCGACUGGAGCACACCACACUGAGAAAGGUGACAGCCAACACCGCCAUCUACUACGACCCCAACCCCCAGAACACGGUGGUGGCCGAGGACCAGGAGUGGGUGAACGUCUACUACGAGAUGCCCGACUUUGACGUGACGCGCAUUUCGCCGUGGCUGCUGCGCAUCGAGCUCGACCGCAAGCACAUGACCGAUCGCAAGCUGACUAUGGAGCAGAUUGCGGAGAAGAUCAACGCAGGUUUUGGAGAUGACCUGAACUGUAUUUUCAAUGACGACAACGCUGAGAAGCUCGUUCUGCGAAUCAGAAUCAUGAACAGCGACGAGAAUAAGUUCCAAGAGGAUGAGGAGGUGGUGGACAAAAUGGAUGAUGAUGUGUUCUUGAGGUGCAUCGAGUCCAACAUGCUGACAGACAUGACCCUACAAGGCAUUGAGCAGAUCAGCAAGGUGUACAUGCACUUGCCCCAGACCGACAAUAAGAAGAAGAUCAUCAUCACAGAGGAGGGUGAGUUCAAGGCCCUGCAGGAGUGGAUCCUCGAGACUGACGGCGUGAGCCUCAUGAGGGUCCUCAGCGAGAAGGACGUCGAUCCCGUCAGGACCACCUCCAACGACAUCGUGGAGAUCUUCACGGUCUUGGGAAUCGAGGCAGUGCGAAAGGCUCUGGAGAGGGAGUUGAACCACGUCAUCUCCUUUGACGGCUCCUACGUCAACUACCGUCACUUGUCUCUGCUUUGUGACACCAUGACCUGCCGCGGUCACCUGAUGGCCAUCACACGUCACGGCAUCAACCGACAGGACACAGGACCGCUCAUGAAGUGUUCCUUUGAGGAGACGGUGGAUGUGUUGAUGGAGGCGUCAUCGCACGCCGAGAGCGACCCCAUGAAGGGUGUGUCGGAGAACAUCAUGCUCGGCCAGCUCGCCCCGGCCGGCACAGGAUGCUUCGACCUGCUGUUGGAUGCUGAGAAGUGUAAAUAUGGAAUGGAGAUCCCUACGAACAUACCCGGCAUCAGCGUGGCUGGACCCACUGGAAUGUUCUUUGGCACGGUGCCGAGUCCCAUGAGCGGUAUGUCACCCGCCAUGACCCCGUGGAACACCGGAGCAACCCCGGCCUACGGCGCCUGGUCUCCCAGUGUCGGAAGCGGAAUGACCCCCGGAGCGGCCGGUUUCUCCCCCAGUGCAGCGUCAGACGCAAGUGGCUUCUCUCCAGGCUACUCCCCCGCCUGGUCUCCCACUCCUGGGUCCCCAGGAUCCCCGGGACCUGCCAGCCCGUACAUCCCGUCUCCAGGUGGAGCCAUGUCUCCCAACUACUCCCCCACCUCCCCGGCCUACGAGCCUCGCUCCCCCGGAGGCUACACCCCUCAGAGUCCCGGCUAUUCUCCAACCUCACCCUCCUACUCCCCCACUUCUCCCUCUUACUCCCCAACCAGCCCGAACUACAGCCCGACAUCUCCCUCCUACUCACCCACCUCGCCCAGUUACUCCCCGACUUCUCCGUCCUAUUCUCCCACGUCUCCUUCUUACUCCCCGACGUCUCCCUCCUACUCUCCCACCUCCCCGUCCUACUCCCCUACUUCCCCCUCCUACUCUCCCACCUCGCCGAGCUACAGCCCGACGUCGCCGAGUUACAGCCCGACGUCGCCCAGCUACUCGCCCACCUCGCCUUCCUACUCCCCCACCUCCCCCUCUUAUUCUCCAACCUCUCCAUCUUACUCCCCUACCUCCCCGUCCUACUCACCCACCUCUCCCUCCUACUCGCCCACCAGUCCGAGCUACAGCCCGACGUCGCCGAAUUACACGCCCACCUCACCCAGUUACUCCCCCACUUCCCCUUCCUACUCCCCUACAUCGCCCUCUUAUUCCCCAACCUCCCCCAAUUACACCCCGACCAGCCCCAACUACUCCCCCACCUCUCCCUCUUACUCCCCCACCUCUCCGUCCUACUCCCCCUCCAGUCCACGUUACACCCCUCAGUCGCCCACCUACACACCCAGCUCCCCCUCAUACAGCCCCAGCUCUCCCUCCUACUCCCCUACCUCCCCAAAAUACACCCCGACUUCCCCCUCAUACAGCCCCAGUUCCCCAGAGUACACCCCCACUUCUCCCAAGUACUCCCCCACCUCGCCAAAGUACUCCCCGACAUCGCCGAAGUACUCCCCGACUUCUCCCACCUACUCCCCAACGACCCCAAAAUACAGCCCCACCUCUCCUACCUACUCCCCCACCUCGCCCACAUACACUCCCACCAGCCCCAAAUACUCCCCUACAUCCCCUACUUACUCCCCAACUUCACCCAAGUACUCGCCCACGUCGCCUACGUACUCGCCCACCAGUCCCAAAGGCUCCACGUACAGCCCCACCUCCCCUGGAUACAGCCCCACCUCACCCACCUACAGCCCGGCCAUCAGCCCAGACGACAGCGACGAGGAAGCCAACUGAUGAGCCGCGGAGGAGAAGGGGAGGCAACUGAAGGAAACCCGUCACCUCAUGGUGGACACUCGAAGAAACCCCGUCACCUCAUGGGUGGAAGCCUGAAG